GGGGCGCGUAUGCGCUAUUUGUCUGUUUUGACACGUGACGUCACCAGUUCAGUCACCUGAGUGAUAGCCAGGAGGGGGCGUGGCUGGUGAUUCUACAAUAGUGCGCAGGGCUUCCUGUCAGGGUGGCACUGAGGGCCAACGCCUAAGUACCGACAAUGUUCAACUUCUUACGGAAAAGCCAAGAUACAAAGAAGAAUCCGGCAGCCGAUAAAGAGAACGAUGGUUUUGUCUUCCUGGGACAGACUCCCGCAGAGCGGAGAGACUCUACACCCCCAUUUCCUGGGAGCGAUUUCUCCUACAAUCUGCCUUACCAGAUGCCGCCGCCGGGAAGCUUCUCUCAGGGGAACAGCAAUGUUUCAGGCGCUGCUAAGCUGACCAGUCAGGUCUCAGAAGGUAACUCUGUGAUGACCGACUUGCUGAAUGACAUCCCUUUCAUCCUGGCCCCUCAUGUGCAGGAGGUGCAGAACAUCUGCCAGGAGCUUCCCGAGCCGGUCCCCGUAUACAGCCUGGACGAGACUUUUGCCAGAUUCCAUUAUGACUUCACCCUGGAGAACUCUGUGCUGUGCGGACUCUGAGCCCUUCUGCGAAUCUUUUCACCUGUUCAGGCACUUUAUAAUGUCCGAUCUCAUCACGUCUGUGCUGCUGCCAUCAGAGGAACAUGACUGCUCACCUAUGGUCUUCAUCCUUAUACCGUACUGUGGGCUUCUGAACCAUGCAUCCUUUCAAUUCACUGACAAGCCACUUCUUUACCUAUGACGAUAAAUGUUAUUUUUUUAAAUUAUGGGACUGUGUGGAACUGACAGAGAGGUGGUGGAAAACUUUCUUUAUGUACAUUUCACUUGCAGUGUAGAUUAAAUAAUUUUAGUUGUCUGCAAUGCUAGAAGGGCACUCAUUCAUAUGUUACCUACAUAAACCGUGAACUCACUGUGUACAUACAUUACAUUACUUAUCCUGUAGAGAUCCCGAGUAUAUAUCCGGUAUUAUAUUCCAGAGCUGUACUCACUAUUCUGCUGGUGGGGUCACUGUGUACAUACAUUACAUUACUUAUCCUGUAGAGAUCCCGAGUAUAUAUCCAGUAUUAUAUUCCAGAGCUGCACUCACUAUUCUGCUGGUGAGGUCACUGUGUACAUACAUUACAUUACUUAUCCUGUAGAGAUCCCGAGUAUAUAUCCAGUAUUAUAUUCCAGAGCUGCACUCACUAUUCUGCUGGUGAGGUCACUGUGUACAUACAUUACAUUACUUAUCCUGUACUGAUGCUGAGUUAUAUCCUGUAUUAUACCCCAGAGCUGUACUCACUAGUCUGCUGGUGAGGUCACUGUGUACAUACAUUACAUUACUUAUCCUGUACUGAUCCUGAGUUAUAUCCUGUAUUAUACUCCAGAGCUGUACUCACUAUUCUGCUGGUGAGGUCACUGUGUACAUACAUUACAUUACUUAUCCUGUACUGAUCCUGAGUUAUAUCCUGUAUUAUACUCCAGAACUGUACUCACUAUUCUGCUGGUGAGGUCACUGUGUACAUACAUUACAUUACUUAUCCUGUACUGAUCCUGAGUUAUAUCCUGUAUUAUACUCCAGAGCUGUACUCACUAUUCUGCUGGUGGGGUCACUGUGUACAUACAUUACAUUACUUAUCCUGUACUGAUGCUGAGUUAUAUCCUGUAUUAUACCCCAGAGCUGUACUCACUAUUCUGCUGGUGAGGUCACUGUGUACAUACAUUAUAUUACUUAUCCUGUACUGAUGCUGAGUUAUAUCCUGUAUUAUACCCCAGAGCUGUACUCACUAGUCUGCUGGUGAGGUCACUGUGUACAUACAUUACAUUACUUAUCCUGUACUGAUCCUGAGUUAUAUCCUGUAUUAUACUCCAGAGCUUUACUCACUAUUCUGCUGGUGAGGUCACUGUGUACAUACAUUACAUUACUUAUCCUGUACUGAUCCUGAGUUAUAUCCUGUAUUAUAUCCCACAGCUGUACUCACUAUUCUGCUGGUGAGGUCACUUACACCAUUCUCUAUGUAACAGCCGAUCCUGUCGACGCCAUUAUAGAGAAUCUUGGAUCUUAUCAAUAAUCUACAGUGUUGGUUCAUGUGUUCAUGGUUUCUCUUGAUAUCAUACACUACAGAAUAUGUUGUUGCCAUAUGAAUAAACCUUAUGCUCCU